UCAAAUCGAUAUGCAGGGCAACAAAAUCAUUGCCUGAAAAUAGAAAAACAUGAGAUAAAAGCAUUCAUUGGAGUGUUAUUACUCAGUGGAUAUGUGCCAGUUCCGAGGCGGAGAAUGUUCUGGGAAAACGAAAGAGACAGUCACAAUGUACUGGUUUCUGAAGCUUUGUCAAGAAAUAAAUUUGAAUAUAUUUUAUCUCACUUUCACCUAACUGACAACGUCACUAUAAAUACAUCCGACAAAUUUGCUAAAGUUAGGCCAUUGUUCGAUCACCUCAAUGCUGCAUUUUUGAAAUUUGGUAAAUGUGAGGAAAUGCACUGUGUUGACGAAGCCAUGGUACCAUAUUACGGCCGCCAUGGCUGCAAACAAUUUAUUCACAAUAAGCCAAUUCGCUAUGGCUACAAACUUUGGGUAGGAGCAAGUAGAUUAGGCUACGUAAAUUGGAUGGAACCCUACCAAGGUGCUACCACAAAUAUUAGCGAAAAGUAUAUUGAUUAUGGAGUAGGGCCAUCUGUUGUUUUGGAGUAUGCUGACGUUUUAAGAACUAGGUGGCCUAAUAAACGGAUGCACCUAUUUUUUGAUAAUUUCUUUUCCACGUUAUCUUUGUUAGAAUUGCUAUCGGAGAAAAAUUUUAACGCUACCGGAACAAUACGUGAAAAUCGCAUAUCUAAUGGGCCACUGACAAACUCAAAAGAAAUAAAAAAGGAAGCUCGAGGCGUUUUCGAUUUCAAAAAAACAGAAAACCAGAACAUUAUUGUCGUGAAGUGGCAUGACAACAGCAUUGUCACCCUGUGCUCAAAUGCAGUAGGCGUAAACCCCCUGCAUAGGGUGAAAAGAUUUUCACGAAAAGAACGGACAAAUAUUCAGGUGUCGCAGCCACAUCUGAUAAACUUGUACAAUGCAAACAUGGGCGGAGUAGACAGAUGUGACCAAAAUUUGAGCCUUUAUAGAAUUUCACUGAGGAGUAAGAAAUGGUAUUUCCCGCUAGUGGCACACUGUAUUGAUGUAGCUCUGCAAAAUGCUUGGCAGUUGCAUAGACAAAGAGGUGGGGACCUUGAUCAGUUAAGGUUCCGAAGACGAGUAGCCACUACGCUAUUAUUACAGAAUAAAAAAAAAGAAACACAUUCGAAAGGUCAUAAGUCAUCUACCGAAGGUUUAGACAUUAGGUUUGAUCGUAUGGAUCAUUUGGUAAUUCCUCAAAAUAAGCAAACACGCUGUGCACAUUGCCAUGAAAAAACAACCACCAGAUGUUCAAAAUGCGACAAAGGACUCCACGUCAAAUGUUUUUUUGGUAUACCAUACAAAAAGUGUAUAGUUAAUGUAGGUACCCUUAAGUGCCCAUCGUCCUACAUAUAG